GCCACUAAGAACUUAGAAAAGAGAAUGAAUGAAGUAUGAAGAUUCCAAACCUUGGUUCAGCAUUCAAGUGUAUUACUUUCAAAUAUCACUACUCCACUAAUGCCAACCUCACCGCCUGGUUCAGCAAAUAUGUAGACAAGUCUAGUGUCUGGUCUUGGAACUCAAUCAUUGCCGAGUUAGCCCGCGCCGGCGACGCAGCCGAAGCUCUCCGAGCCUUCUCUUCGAUGCGCAAGCUUUCUCUUAAGCCAAACCGCUCCACUUUCCCAUGCGCUAUCAAGUCUUGCUCUGCUUUACUCGACCUUAACUCUGGCAAACAAACCCAUCAACAAGCUUUAAUCUUUGGCUAUGGCUCUGACCUCUUCGUAUCAUCAGCCCUCAUUGAUAUGUACUCCAAAUGUGGGCAAUUGAGGGAUGCCCGGAUCUUAUUCGAUCAAAUUCCUCAACGAAAUAUAGUAUCAUGGACUUCUAUGAUCACUGGUUAUGUCCAAAACAAUAGUGCCCACCAAGCUUUAUCGCUUUUUAAAGAGUUAUUGAUUCAGAAGAGUGAAAAUGGUGGAAAUGAUGCAAUUGGACAAGUGCUUAUUGAUCCAGUUGCCAUUGUGUCUGUUCUGUCUGCUUGUUCUCGUGUUCCGAUAAAAGGAGCAAGUGGAGGGGUUCAUGGAAUGGUUAUAAAGAAGGGGUUUGAUGGCGAAGUGAGCGUUGGAAAUACAUUGUUGGAUGCAUAUGCUAAAAGUGGGGAUGUGGGUCUGUCUAGGAAAGUGUUUGAUGCGAUGGUUGAGAAGGAUGAGGUUUCUUGGAAUUCUAUGAUUGCUGUUUAUGCACAAAAUGGAUUGUCAAAUGAGGCUCUGGAAGUUUUUCAUGGAAUGUUAAGGGAUGAUAAUGUCAAUUACAAUGCCGUUACACUUUCUGCUGUGUUGUUAGCCUGUGCUCAUUCGGGAGCUUUGCAAGCCGGGAAGUGUAUUCAUGACCAGGUUAUAAAGAUGGGUUUGGAGGAUGAUGUGAUAGUGGGGACUUCUAUUAUUGACAUGUAUUGCAAAUGUGGAAGAGUUGAAAUGGCAAGGAAAGCAUUUAGUUGCAUCAAAGAGAAGAACGUCAGGUCCUGGACUGCCUUGAUCGCUGGUUAUGGAAUGCAUGGUCAUGCCAAAGAAGCUUUAGAGGUCUUUUACAAUAUGAUAAGAGCUGGGGUCAGACCUAAUUACAUAACGUUUGUGUCGGUUCUGGCAUCUUGUAGCCAUGCUGGUCUGGUACAAGAGGGUUGGCAUUGGUUUAAUGCAAUGAAGGAUGAAUUCAAUGUAGAACCUGGGGUGGAGCAUUAUGGUUGCAUGGUUGACCUUCUUGGACGAGCUGGAUAUCUCGGCCAGGCUUACAAGUUGAUCAAGCAAAUGAAGGUGACACCUGAUAUUGUAAUUUGGGGUUCACUUCUUGCAGCUUGCAGGAUUCACAAGAAUGUGGAGCUGGCAGAGAUUUCUGCCAAUAAAUUGUUCGAAUUAGACUCAAAUAACUGUGGGUACUAUGUUUUACUUUCUAACAUAUAUGCUGAUGCUGGAAGGUGGGAAGAUUUUGAGAGAAUGAGACUUCUUAUGAAGGACCGUGGAUUGAUUAAACCACCUGGAUUCAGUUUGGUUGAACUGAAAGGUAAGGUUCAUGUUUUCUUGGUUGGAGAUCAGGAGCAUCCUCAACAUGAGAAGACACAUGAGCAUCUGGAAGAGUUAAAUAUAAAGCUGCAAGAAGUUGGCUACAUACCCAAUAUGACAUCAGUUCUUUAUGAUGUGGAUGAGGAAGAGAAGGGAUUGACCUUGCGGGUUCAUAGUGAGAAGUUGGCUGUUGUCUUUGCAAUCAUGCAUACAGUUCCUGGUGCAACAAUCCACAUUAUUAAGAAUCUUAGGAUUUGUGGGGACUGUCAUACUUUCAUGAAGUUGAUCUCAAAGAUUGUUGAUCGACAAAUUGUUGCCAGAGAUUCAAAGCGAUUUCACCAUUUUAAGGAUGGAAUCUGUUCUUGUGGAGAUUAUUGGUGACAUCCAUUGUUGGACAACAAAAAUUGAAGAUUAGAAAA